CGGCAGCAUCAGCUCUCGGCGGAAGUGCCGGUGGAGGGAGGAAGGCUAGCGCGAGGGCUUUGCUGGCGAGGCCGGAAGCUCUGUAGGCUGCGAGCAUCGGCGGGAGGUGGGGCUGCGGACCGCAGAGGACACGGCGGGAUACUUGCAGUUCCCCUCUUGGCAGAGCCGAGGUCCUCCUCAGGCUCUCAGGAGGUUGUGGGGAGGCGUUGUCCUGAGCUCUGCUGACUGUUCUUCCCUCAGGUCUUGUCUGCCUUAGCGGUUCCAAAACUAGCCUGCGCGGGUAGGGAUGGACGAGGACAACCUGGAGACUGCCCUGCAGAACUACCGGGCCCAGCUUCGGCAGGUAGAGCUGGCUCUUGGUGCUGGCCUAGACGCUUCCGAGCUGGCGGACCUGCGCCAGCUGCAGAGUGAUCUGAAGGAGUUGAUUGAGCUCACCGAGGCCAGCCUGUUGUCGGUCAGGAAGAGCAAGUUGCUGGCUACAGUGGACCAGGAGCACCCAGCACAGGAGGAUGUUGAGUACUUGGCUUUCCAGAAGGCUAUGGCGGAGGAAGUGGAGGUGCCCGUCGCCCCUGGGGAUGACUCGGAGACGGUCACUGGGAGCGAGGUGGCGCCGGGACCCACCUCCCAUGCACAGGAAGAAGACGAGGAGGAUCCCGAUCAGGAGGAGCUGAGUGGUGCCAAAGUGAAUGCCCCUUACCACAGCGCUUGGGGCACGCUGGAAUAUCACAACGCAAUGGUUGUAGGCACUGAAGAGGCAGAGGAUGGUUCGGCAUGCGUUCGCGUACUCUACCUGUACCCUACCCACAAGUCCCUGAAGCCCUGCCCUUUCUUCCUGGAGGGAAAAUGCCGUUUCAAGGAGAACUGCAGGUUCUCCCAUGGGCAGGUGGUCUCUGUGGAUGAGCUGCGUCCCUUCCAGGAUCCAGACUUGAGCUUACUGCAGGCCGGCUCUGCAUGUCUGGCCAAGCACCAGGAUGGCAUUUGGCACCCAGCACGGAUCACUGAUGUGGACAAUGGCUACUAUACUGUUAAGUUUGACUCACUGCUGCUGAAGGAGGCUGUGGUGGAGGGAGACAGCAUCCUGCCUCCUCUGCGCACUGAGGCUACAGAAUCAUCUGACUCAGACAGUGGUGAUGCAGUGGUGGAACCACACACAGUGGACACUGGGACCUGCAGUUCUGCUUUUGCCGGUUGGGAGGUACAUACACGGGGCAUUGGCUCCAAACUCCUCAUCAAGAUGGGCUAUGAGUUUGGCAAGGGUUUGGGUCGGCAUGCAGAAGGCCGAGUGGAGCCCAUCCAUGCCGUAGUGUUGCCUAGAGGGAAAUCACUGGACCAGUGCACAGAGAUACUACAGAAGACAAAGGGAGGCCAGGCUGGGACCAAUAGGCCUCCAAGAUGUCGGAGGAGUGGUGGUAGACCCGAGGCCCGCCCACCCCCUCGGAAUGUGUUUGACUUUCUGAAUGAAAAACUGCAAAGCCAGGCAUCUGGGACUCCAGAUGCUGGGCUGGGCACUCCAGGGAGAAGGAACAAGGACAUGUAUCAUGCCAGCAAAAGUGCCAAGCAGGCUCUGAGUCUGCAGCUCUUCCAGACUGAGGAGAAGAUUGAGCGGACCCAACGAGACAUCCGGGGCAUCCAGGAGGCCCUAACCCGGAAUGCUGGCCGGCACAGCAUGGCAACAGCACAUCUGCAAGAGAAGCUGGAAGGAGCCCAGCGGAAGCUGGGUCAGCUGCGUGCUCAGGAGGCCGGCCUACAGAGGGAACAGCAGAAGGCAGAUACUCACAGGAAGAUGACAGAGUUCUAGCAGCUCUGCCUGUAUUGUGGAUAGAGCCCUGGGACCCAACUCCCAACUGCCUUGGCAGAAAGACAGCCGUCACCCUGACACCUAAACAGCACCUGAAAGAAGGACCAGCCCAUUUCCUAGGCUGUCCCUUAUUCAGCCUUGUCUACCUAAAGUGUAUGAACACUACCGAGUAGAUAUGGGAUGUCAGGGUUGAUUUUGAACACUUAUUUGCCCACCAAGCCCACUUACCAGUGUCUUGGGGUAUCUCCUUAGUGAGGACAUUAAAGUGAUCUCAUCAUAAUUUC